UGACAAAAAGAGAAGAUUAAAGUAAAGAGAGAAGCAAGAAGCAAGAGCCAAGAGAAGAAUUUGAAGGAGUAUCUACAAAAAGUUGAGGAGAAGAAAAGGGAGAUCCGGUCAAGAGUCUAAAAUUGUUUCUUCUUCUUUAGUUUGUGGAUUUCACCUCUUAUUCACACAAGUUCAAAUGAAGGCUCUUAUUCUAGUUGGAGGAUUUGGAACUCGAUUGAGACCGCUUACAUUCAGCAUGCCAAAACCCCUUGUUGAUUUUGGUAACAAGCCCAUGAUUUUGCAUCAGAUUGAAGCACUAAAAGCUGCUGGAGUUACUGAAGUUGUAUUAGCUAUCAACCACCAACAACCAGAGGUAAUGUUGAAUUUUGUGGAAGAAUAUGAGAAGAAGCUUGAGAUGAAAAUCACCUUCUCCCAAGAAACCGAACCCCUCGGGACAGCAGGGCCUCUCGCCUUGGCUCGUGAUAAGCUCAUCCACGAAUCAGGCAAACCCUUCUUUGUGCUAAACAGCGAUGUUAUCUGCGAAUAUCCACUCCUGGAGAUGAUCGAAUUCCACAAGAAUCACGGCGCUGAAGCUUCCAUCAUGGUGACCAAAGUAGAUGAUCCUUCAAAGUACGGUGUGGUGGUUAUGGAGGAAGCUUCCGAAGCAGCGAGAGUCGAAAGUUUCGUUGAGAAACCAAAAUAUUUUGUCGGGGACAAGAUCAACGCUGGGAUAUACCUCUUGAACCCGUCUGUGCUCGACAGGAUCGAGCUCAGACGGACGUCGAUAGAGAAAGAGAUAUUCCCCAAGAUCGCUUCGGAGAAGAAGCUUUACGCCAUGGUGCUACCAGGUUUCUGGAUGGACAUCGGUCAGCCGAAAGAUUACUUGACGGGGCAGAGAAUGUAUCUCAACUAUCUGAGAAAGAAUGCGCCGGGGGAGCUUUUAGCGUCGUCGGGAGAUGACGUGGUGAUCGGGAACGUUAUGGCGGAUGAGACCGCGGUUAUAGGGGAACGAUGCUUGAUAGGACCUGACGUGGUGAUUGGUGCUGGAUGCGUGAUUGAAUCGGGUGUGAGGUUGUUUGGUUGCACCGUGAUGAGAGGUGUGAGGAUCAAGGAGCAUGCUUGUGUGUCUGAUAGUAUCGUGGGGUGGGACUCGACCGUUGGAAGUUGGGCUCGCGUAGCUGACGUGACAGUUCUCGGGAAAGAUGUUCAGGUCGCCGAUGCAGAGGUUAUACAAAUGUCUGCGAAGCCAGAGAUCAUACAAAAAGUGUGAUUCAUACAACGCGCGUGUGUGUGUUUAUGUUAUUUGAAACCUCUUUGAUUAGCUCUUGUAGUAUGGUUUUAUACAGGUUGAUCAA